GCUUGGCACUUUGGGGUGCUAUAGUGGCAGGGCUAGGUCAGAAGCAAGGCCUACAAUCAAAACUGCAUCAGAGAGGAUGGGCCAUAGCACCAGGAAGUGCCAUCCAUUCAGUAGAUCUUAAAGGGAAUGAUUCCAUCUUCUAGACCUUUCUCUUCCCAUAUACUGAACAUAUCAAGAUUUUUGAACCUCCUUCUUGAUUUCCUGUGGCAGAAAUUGCCAAUCGAAAUGUACAUGGCAGCCAACACAUGUGCUGGCCUAAGUGAGAGUAAGUCAUAUUCUCAAAACCUUAGCUCCUUCUUAUGCUUUGUGCUUUUUAACUGAAUGUAAGUGACUCAACAGUGAUGCCAUGAUAGACAUUUCCAGUCUUGGAGGCAACCUUGUGGGUUUGGAAGUUCCAGGGGCCCCUCAAGUGGUAUGAGCUGCACUACAAGAACUACCCCCUACAGCUACUACAAUGUUUUUUGAAGAAGAUGAUUACUGAUGCACGAGAGCAGCAAUUAUCACAAAUGUUCCCGUAUGGAGGCCAGUGGAAAUACUUGACAAUGCUGAAUCUGCUCUUACAGGCCAUUUUCUACGGGGUCGCCUGCUUGGACGACUUGUUGAAAAGAAUGAGGAGAAAUAAAGACAUUAAGUGGGUAACUGCCUCCAGAGACCUUCUCUUCACAACGUUGGCUUUUCCUGCGUCUGCAUUUGUGUUUAUGUCAUUCUGGACAAUCUUUCUGUAUGACCGAGAGCUGAUUUACCCUAAGUCUCUGGAUAGAAUCUUUCCAAAAUGGUGGAAUCAUGCUAUGCACACUGCUGUGUUACCUUUUUCCCAAAUGGAGGCCAUUCUCAAUCCGCAUCGGUAUCCAUCCAAGAAAAAAGGGCUCACUUUAUUAGGCUGUGCUACCAUUGCCUACAUCUGCUGGGUCCUGAGGAUUUACUAUGUAACCAAAAAGUGGGUGUACCCUAUAUUUGCUCAACUCACUCCAGAAAGCUCAGCAGCCUUCUUCUCUGUCAUCUGUGUUUUCCUUGCCUACAUCUACCUCCUUGGAGAGCACUUUAACCAGCUGAUUUGGGGUGAUCAAAUACAACAGCUCACAAAAAAGGAAGUGAUCUGGAUCUGUCCAAUGCCCUGAAAAGGAAGAAGACUAGAAAAAUGCCAGAGAAUUAAAUCCUUUGAUCUGGAGGCAACAUUUUGUUUGUCUGCUUCUGAGGGCAAACUCAGUGUGUCUGUUAAGACAGAUAAAACCUACAAAGCGUGUUGGGGGGGGUGGGGGAGGCUGCUGUGGGGUAAGGCGAAUGGACCAUAUUAAACAAAAGGAUUAGAAGAUGGUGAUUUGAUUGACCCUUAUGGUUUAUAGUACAUACCAAAGACAUAACUCUGGUCUACUCAGAGUUUGUAUUCCUUCUUCUUGAUCUCCAAAGGGAAUGUGGCCUUUGGUUAAAACCUGUUCUCCCAGCCAGAGUACAGAGAAACUCAUUUAUGAGGGAACAGCCUGCCAUUCCUACAAGAGCUUCUGUGAAUUGAUUAAAUUUAGGGAUUGCUGUUGCCUUUUCCUCCGUGUCUGGAAAGAAGAUGAGCAGAAGGGCCUUGGUGCUGCAGUCUUCUCCUCCCAGAAUGACAAUGAUUUGAUGAAAGUGAUAGUGCAGUGUGGCAAGGGGUGCCCAUAUGGGAGAAAUCAACGAGCCAACAUCUGGGGUAGCAGACCUCAAAGUCUCCAAUGAUGUUGAUGAUGAUGGAGAUCUCCACUUUGGGCAGGAUCAAUUAAGGAAAUAAAUGCUAGACAUUAUCUUUGUGAACAUGAUCUAGGCAGAAAGGUAAUCUGAUUAUAAUGAUGACCAAGAUUGCUUUCAUAUGAAACAUUAAGCUCAUGGCUUAAGGAAAUGGUGAUGUGAUUAGCAAAUAUAUUCACGGAAUCUGCUUUGAGUUUC